UAGUGUUGCUCUCGAUGGUCGAUGUUGAAUGAGGGUCGUCGGACAUGACCUAGAUUAGGAGACGGACAUUUGAGUGUUUUCUUUAUGUCCGCUCUCCCUGAAAUGACAUCAUCCUGCUGGCACGGGUUUGGGUUGGGGGUUACGAUUAGGGGGACUCGGAACAUCCAUCGACCUCAAUACAACAAGUCGAACGACCUCGAUACACGCAAGUUCAUGUCAUCCGACGAGGGCAAGGACAUGAUGGCCAACUUCAAACAGGGAGAGAAUGAGACGCCUGAGGAAUCCGACUACACCACUCAACAAGGCGGAUCUGGAUCCAACUCGUUCCCCUCUGGCGAAGCUCAGUACGGAUCGAAUGCCAACACCGACAACCAGUACACUGCCCAGAACGUCAAUGCCGAUGCCGAGAACCAAAGUUCCGGAGCUGGCAACCAGAACAAGGCUGCUGGCGCGAAUGCCGAGGGAGAGUUGCAGAUGGGAGGUGUGAACAAGGACAAGAUCAAGGGCGCGAGCGAUUACGAUGGGUACGAACAGGGGGAUUCCGCUGCUUCGGGUGGAUGGGGCGCCAACCGGAAAGGGAAUUCGUUCUCCCGAGAGAACCAACUCGGUGCCGAGACCAACGGGCCCUUCACCUCGGACCCGAAUACCAACGAGAACGCGGUCGACGCCAACAGAAGCGGUACUAGUACUCCGGGCUAUCCCGAGGAAGACGAGCUGGACUCGGGUAGGAGAAAGACCCAAGGAGGAGGCGGCUCGUCCGGGCUCAACCCGUACGGCGACAACGAAGAGGAUGGUCCUUCCAACGAGAACAACCCUUAUCACGAACAAGGUCGACGCGUAUAAUUCGGCUUGUUGCGUCUCCGUGGCACGAGCUCGGAUACACUACGAGACGACUCAAUACGCUGGACGGGCCGACUGGGUAUGGGGUCUUUUGGAUAGCCCGAGAAUACGACAAUGGUUCGGGUAGCAGAUCGAGUCUAAUGUAUAUUUCUUUAGCAUGAAGUCAACAAGCCUGGGGGAUUGACCUUGAUGAGUUUCGCGAAGCCAUCAUCUGUUAUACAUGUUUUGACUACAAGA